UCAGUUGGUCAAUGGGGGUUUUUUUCUUUCUUUCUGUGGCCGUUGUUGUGGACGGCGCAACAUAGAUUUCUUUUCUUUUUUUUCAUUUCAUUCGUUUUCAAGAGCAUACUAUAUCAAAUCGGCCAAAAUGCUCUACUUGGAGGACUACCUCGAGAUGAUCGAGCAGCUGCCUAUGGAUCUUCGCGACCGGUUUACGGAAAUGAGGGAGAUGGACCUGCAAGUUCAGAAUGCCAUGGAUCAGCUGGAGCAAGGGGUGAACGAGUUCUUCAUCAACGCCAAAAAGAACAAGCCGGAGUGGAGGGAGGAACAGUUGGAGGUGAUUAAAAAGGACUAUUAUAAAGCCUUGGAGGAUGCAGAUGAGAAGGUUCAAUUGGCCAGUCAGAUUUAUGACUUGGUGGACAGGCACCUGCGGAAGCUGGAUCAGGAGCUGGCCCGCUUUAAGAUGGAACUGGAGGCCGACCAUGCAGGCAUCACGGAGGUCCUGGAGAGACGCUCCCUGGAGAUGGACAGCCCCUCCCAGCCUGUGAAUAACCACCACGCCCACUCGCACCCCGCUGUGGAAAAGAGGAAGUACACCAUGCCCGUUCACCACACCACCGAACACGUCCCCGAGAAGAAGUUCAAAUCUGAGGCCCUGCUGUCCACACUCACGUCUGACACCCACAAAGAGAACAGCACAGGCUGUAGGAAUGGCAGCCUGUCCUCUCCCAGCAGUGUGUACAGUGUGAACUCCGCCCAGUCCCUCUCCUCCAAUAACCUGAGCCCCCUGCUCGCAGGGGCGGGCUCGGGGGCGGGGGCUAUCACCAUGGCAGCAGCACAGGCCGUGCAGGCCACAGCCCAGAUGAAGGAGGGCAGGAGGACCUCCAGCCUGAAGGCCAGUUACGAGGCCGUCAAGAACAACGACUUCCAGCUGGCCCGCGACUUCCCCCUGUCCCGCGAGACGGGCAGCGGCUCCUCCUGCUCCGCCCUGGCCUCCACCCUCACGCAGACCCUCACCCCGUCCUCCUCCUCCUCCUCCUCUUCCUCCUCCGCCUCCUCCUCUGAGCCCCGCGCUGGCCGCAAGACCAAAAGCAACACAAAGUCCUCGGCCAAUCACCAGUCCUGUAGCUCUUCCUCCUCCUCGUCCCUCUCGUCCUGCUCCUCUUCCUCGGCUCUGGCCCAGGAGCUGGCCCAGCAGGCCGCGGUCCUGCCACCCGAGUCUGAAGCCAACAGCCAGGAGUGGGCCUACGACCCCAACGAGCCCCGCUACUGCAUCUGCAACCAGGUGUCGUACGGAGAGAUGGUGGGGUGUGACAAUCAGGACUGCCCCAUCGAGUGGUUCCACUACGGCUGUGUGGGAUUGGCUGAAGCUCCGAAGGGGAAGUGGUUCUGUCCUCAGUGCUCUGCUGCCAUGAAGAGGAGAGGAGGCCGCCACAAAUAGAGCCCUGUGCCCACGGCAACAGAGGCCUCCCCCCCCACACACACACACACACACACACACACUCACACACACACACAACACGCACGCAGGCACACACACAC